AUGUGCAUCCAAUCUCGCCGUGGCUUACCGCUUGGACAGCACUUAGCCUCGCGGGCACGAUGCAAGUCGUUUGCAGAAACUCGUCAGGAAUAUGAUGCAGGCGACAAUAUUGAUGUGGCUGUCAAUUUUGAUGUAUCUGAUUGCCUAGAUCUCCCACAAACUGCCCUCGAGGAAGGCGGUAAAGGGAACUUCAGCUUCCAGUAGUUCCAAUCUCGAUGCCGCCUGUCUCUGACAAGCUUGAACGUACAGUGUUU